AUGCGGCUGCGGCACGGGCAGCUCCUGGCGGGGCUGUGCCUCGGCGCCACCUUCCCCCUGCUGUGGUUCGCGGCGUGGCAGGGCAGCCGAGGAAAUGACUUAGACACGUAUGAAAGCCAGUUUCUGGAACUUCGGCAAAGACUAUUGUAUGCUGAAAAGGAAAAUAAAAGAAGAUCACAUGAACUGAGCAGUGCCCUCGAUGAAAUUAAACGUAUAGUUGCAACAAGAGCAAACUUGACAGCGAAUCAUACAGAUGAUAUGAAGUUGAAAGUAGUAAACCUCCCAAGAAAACUCCCCAUGCAUCUCACAAACAUGCACUACUAUCUACCUCACCUUCGAGAAUAUGAAGAUGGAAUUUUCCCAAAUGUUAUUUUUGGGCAACAGAGAACAGGAGUCUCACUGGUGGUGGGUAUUCCUACUGUGAAAAGGGAAAAGAAAAAUUACCUCAUUAGUACACUGCAUUCCCUACUGCAUGGACUUUCUGAAGAGCAAGAGAAGGACUGUGUAAUAAUCAUCUUUGUGGCAGAGGUGAAUGCAGACUAUGUUAAGAGUGUUGCAGAAAGUGUUAAAAUCAGCUUUCCCAGAGAAAUCCAGUCUGGAGUCCUAGAGGUCAUUUCUCCUCCUGCUUCUUAUUAUCCAGAUCUUUCCAACCUGAAAAAAACACUUGGGGAUUCUGAGGACAGAGUAAGGUGGAGAACUAAACAGAAUUUGGAUUAUAGCUUUUUAAUGCUAUAUGCCCAACCUAAGGGAACAUUGUAUUUACAGCUGGAAGAUGAUAUUAUAGCCAAACCUGAUUAUAUUGCAAGUAUAAAAAGCUUUGCUGCUCAACAAUCCGAAGACUGGAUGGUUCUUGAGUUUUCACAGCUUGGGUUUAUUGGAAAAUUGUUUAAAUCAGAAGACUUGCCACUCCUAGUGGAAUUUUUUCUCAUGUUUUAUAAAGAUAAGCCCAUAGACUGGCUUAUAGACCACCUGCUCUGGGUUAAAGUAUGCAAUCCAGAAAAGGAUGCAACACACUGUGAACAGGAAAAGUCAAAGUUCCGUAUCCGUGCUAAACCAUCACUCUUUCAGCAUAUGGGAAUUCAUUCAUCACUGGCUGGGAAGAUACAGAAUUUGAAAGAUAAAGAUUUUGGAAAAAAUGUGCUGCAUAAAGCACAUAAGAAUCCACCUGCAAAAGUGGAUACAAGCCUAAGAAUAUACCAGCAAUAUACCUUGGAAAAAAUUUACAAAGGAGAAGACUGUUUUUGGGCUUCAGCUCCAGUGGCAGGUGACUACAUCAGGUUCACCUUUUUAAGUCCACUUAAAGUUGAAAAGUACUUCUUCAGAAGUGGAAACAUGGAGCACCCUGGUGAUAAACUGUUUAACACUACUGUGGAAGUGUUGCCAAAUGAUGAAAUGCAAAGAAAAGAACUAUUUGAUACUGGAAAUAAAUUUAACUACCCAGCAACCAAAGACGGAUAUUUAAAAAUAGGAGCUUUUGAAAAUGGAAUUGCAGAAGGAAGUAUCAAUCAGUCAAUAGGAAGAAUAAAGGCUAUUCGUUUAUCAAUCAGUUCUGAUUCCCCUGUCUGGGCAAUACUUAGUGAGGUACUUAUCAAGACAUCUGAAAACUGAAAAAAAACCCCACAUUUUUGAUGUGUUGCUUGUUACAGACUGUUUGAAAACAAGGCUGACAGCAACAAAAAAAGAACCGGGUAAAAAGACCAAUUCCAAACCCAUGUCAUUCUUAAUACUGUCUAUUAUGAAAGAGUUGAGAUAACUCUUAUAUCUUUAUAGAAAAAGGUAUAAAGAACCCAAUUAUGUUUGUAAUUUCUGUAAAAUGUUGUUGAGUAAGGUGUCAUCUAUAAAAAUCUCACCUUAGGCUAGCAACAUUCAACAUAUAUAGCUAUAAAAAAUUGAUAAGGCAUUGCAGGCUGUCUCAGGGACUAAAACAUAAAUGUAUAACAAAUUUCAUCAGAAGUAAAAAUAUGGCCAUUUUUGGAAAAUAUUAGGAACACAGUCUUCAGCUCCACUAAAAACACUGGUCAGUUUUGUAGGGAAAGGAGAACUGAAGGAAAAGCUGUCAAUAUUCAUUGCAAGUAUUCAAAGAAGUCCACAGGAACUGUUUAACGUUAUGAAAAUGGAUCUGAAACUUAACAUAAGUGUGUUUCAGUCUUAAUGCAGCAUAAGUUAUGUUUAAUAUUUUUUAAAUGAAAAGUGCCUCCAAGUUACCAUUUGAAUAAUUUUAUACUUAAGCAGAUAUUGUUUGGAAGAUUGUAAAACUUUUCGAUGAAUUGUGUAUUGAAUUAAGUACAGGAAAUAAUAAGGGUAUUACGUGUAACUAUAUUUUUGUAAAAAGGAAAUCUAUUUAAAUAAAAUUUUGGAUCCUAUUGU